GUGGAAGUAGAAGAGCCAGGGGUAACGCGACAGACAAACAGACAGGGCUGUAUUUAAAGGGACAGUUGGCUAUUAUCAACAAGAAAACGAAACCUCAGUAUUUGAUGGUCUGUAUGAUUGACCCUUGGAUUUUGGUUUGGCUGUCUCAUUUUAAAUCCGGACCGUUUCUGUGCAGCUGGCUAGCUGACUGGCUAGCUAGCUACGUUCAUUUUCUCUCGGACACGUUUCAUCGUUUAAAAACACGAUAUUGCGGGCUAAAUUGAAUGUUGUUUCUGUCAUGAGUCCGGCCGGCUGCGCUCAUGUGAACGGUUUUAAGGUGGAGAACUGGAAGCAGAAUCUACGAGUCAUUUACCAGUGCUUUGUGUGGAGUGGGACUGCUGAAACCAGGAGACGCAAGGUACUACAGAAUGAUGUGGGAUGGACUUCAUUGGCCAAGUCGUGUAUGUGUCACAUGUGCGGCGCCCACCUGAGCCGGCUGCACUCCUGUCUGUACUGCGUCUUCUUCGGCUGCUUCACCAAGAAGCACAUCCACGAGCACGCCAAAAACAAGCGCCACAAUCUGGCUAUAGACUUAUUAUACGGAGGCAUAUAUUGCUUUGUGUGUCAAGACUACAUUUACGACAAAGACAUGGAACAGAUUGCCAAAGAAGAACAGAGAAAGGCCUGGAAGCUGCAAGGCGUGGGGGAGAAGUAUUCGACAUGGGAGCCGACUAAGAGAGAGCUGGAGCUGCUACGACACAACCCCAAACGCAGGAAGAUCACCACCAACUGCACCAUCGGCCUGCGGGGGCUGAUAAACCUGGGGAACACCUGCUUCAUGAACUGCAUCGUGCAGGCUCUCACCCACACGCCCCUCCUGCGAGACUUCUUCCUGUCCGACCGGCACAAGUGCGAGAUGCAGUCCAACUCCUGCCUGGUGUGCGAGAUGGCCCAGCUCUUCCAGGAGUUUUACUCGGGGCACCGCUCCCCACACAUUCCGUUCCGGCUGCUGCACCUGGUGUGGACGCACGCGCGUCACCUGGCAGGGUACGAGCAGCAGGACGCCCACGAGUUCCUCAUCGCCGCCCUGGACGUGCUGCAUCGCCACUGCAAGGGCGACGACAACGGGAAGAAGGCCAACAACCCGAACCACUGCAACUGCAUUAUCGACCAAAUCUUCACCGGGGGGCUGCAGUCGGACGUGACCUGCCAAGUCUGCCAUGGGGUCUCUACGACCAUAGACCCGUUUUGGGACAUCAGUCUGGACCUCCCCGGCUCCUCCACGCCCUUCUGGCCUCUCAGUCCCGGCAGCGACGGCAGUGUGGUCAACGGGGAGAGCCACCAAUCAGGGGCCACCACACUCACAGACUGUUUACGAAGGUUUACUCGGCCGGAGCAUUUAGGAAGCAGUGCCAAAAUCAAAUGCGGCGGUUGCCAUAGUUACCAGGAGUCCACCAAGCAGCUGACGAUGAAGAAGCUGCCCAUCGUAGCGUGUUUCCAUCUGAAGCGGUUCGAACACUCGGCCAAGCUGAGACGGAAGAUCACCACAUACGUGUCGUUUCCUCUAGAGCUGGACAUGACCCCCUUCAUGGCCUCCAGUAAAGAGAGCAGAGUGAACGGCCAGUACCUACAGCCGGUGGACGCCCUGAACAACGACAACAAGUACUCGCUGUUUGCCGUGGUGAACCACCAGGGGACGCUGGAGAGCGGCCACUACACCAGCUUCAUCCGGCAGCACAAAGACCAGUGGUUCAAGUGCGACGACGCCAUCAUCACCAAGGCCAGCAUCGAGGACGUGUUGGACAGCGAAGGGUAUCUGCUGUUCUAUCACAAGCAGUUCCUGGAGUACGAGUAGCCUUACCCAGAGGCCUUUGCGAGACACGGGACAGCCUUCGGGGAAGACGGACGGAGAAAGAAAAAAAAAACACAAACUAUGGCAGGACCGAGGGAGCGGGAAACAAGGCAGCGGAGGGCGACACACAAACCUACCUGAAACUCUUUACUGAAGAUCAUUUUCCCCAAUGAACACACGCGGAAAGUGAUGACAAAUCAUGCAAACCUAGAAGGAAAUUCAGCACUGAGCUACCAGUAUCUACUUGACGACAAACGGG